AUGGCGCCAUGGACGUCGUCUCAGACGUUCUUCGACGUGAUGGUGUCGCAAACCGACUUGGUGAGCCGGGGUGCGUGGCAGAUUCUUACGCGGUCGGACAGCGGUCUGCCCUGGGAAGAUGGUCAUGUCCCUACGACGUGGCUUGAGGGCCAUCAACCCAAGCUCGCCAAAGUGAGGUCGUUUGUGUCGCGCUACAAGGCGAUCAGCACCGAGAUGGCGAAGCGCGACGCGCUGAGGACAAAGGCAGACAGUGACAGCGAAGGUCGCACUGCGGUGCUUGGCUGGAUUGACCGUCAGCAGAAGACCAAGUGGGACGUCCGUGCACGUAUUCUGGAUGUCCUCGAGGAGUACGACUAUUCACCAUACCAGUGUAUGCGCACACUUGGUGCCAAAGAGCUGGGAACUGCCGAUGAAUGCGCUGUGUACACUGUGACCUCGCAGAUCGUCGGAGAGUUGUUCGGCGAUGACGCCGUGCGUAACGGAACGCAUCCUGAGCCAUGGGCGCACAGCGCCGUUCGCCGGCUCAUCCAGAUCAUGUGGAAGACCGAGAGGACGCGAAUCAAGCGGGAGAUCAAUUCUUUGGAGGCCUUUGCGGAGAAGGUGAACGAGAAAUGGGAGGCCGUGCAGUCGAAGAAGAACUUCAACGUCGCAGUGAAGGCGUACGCGAAGCAGCUUGCUGAGAAGGUCGAACUUGUGAAGAAGAUCGACAACCCGCUCGUAACCCCCAACUGGAAAGGUCACAUCGAGAAGGUGGAAAGGAUUUGCGAGCAACUUGCUGAUCGGUCGCAGGCAGUGAAAGGCCUUCCGAAGACUGUCAUCGAAGCCAUUCAGCAGCUCGCGACCGAGGAAGAAGUGCAAGAGUUGCAGCUGAGCAUCUCGCAGCUACUCGAGAAGGUCGAUCCUGAUCAGGAUGAGGAGUUUGCGUUCGCUGGCAGCAAUAUCGCAAACGAAGGCUGGAAUUCAGGUGUCGAACAUUACCAACAGUGCACGCUGGACGAGGUCUGGGCCAUGCUCGGUCGAGGUACCGAGAAGACCAUCCCGUUUUUCAACACGGUCGAAGCGACGGAGAGUGGAGCGGAUCCGUGGUCGGUGCAAGGGAUCUUGGCUCUCCAGGACGGUCCAACGCAGCCUCUUGUGCCGCACUGGCACCAACUGGUUGGGAUCUUGAAGAUGCUCGACAAUUUCCUCGCUGGGAAGCCGAUCCUGCUUGUGGAUGGAGUCGGAGUCGGAAAGACGAUGCAGGUCGUCGGCGUGAUCUGCUUCCUUGCGUUUUUCCAUGAUCACUUUGAGCGCAAUGGAUACUUCCCCGGAAAGUACAAAACGACCACGUUCAAGGGAAACGGGAACGUUCCCAACGCACCCCAUCUCAUUGUCGUCCCCGUCUCCCUUGAGUAUCAAUUCCGACUCGAGAUCCAUCGCUAUUAUACCCCCUUCACCUAA